AUGUCUGGAAUACUUGUCUCGAAUCAAGGAACAGUGGAGGCGAUCGACGUUGCAGAUAAUUGGGAGCCAGAGUGGAUGCGAAAUGAUGAGAUGGAAGAAGGUAAUGACCCCGAGGAGUACUUGCAGUUUGAAGAGAUUACUUCUGAUGAUGAAGAACCUGUUGCUUCCCGAAUAGAUGGAAUCGAGUGGGAGGGAGAUUCGGAAUACUUUUUCCCGGAAACACCAGACUUUCUGGAUCCAGUGACAUUUGUUAGUGAUGAGGAUAUCUCACCAGCCUCCACCCCCUUGUUCAUACUUCAGAAAAUUGUUACUCCUGAUAUUGUUGACGAAAUUAUCACCCAAACCAAUUUAUAUGCUGAUCAGAAGGCGAUACCAAAUUGGAAGAACGUUGGCGUCCCCGAAUUAUGGAGGUUUUUUGGCCUGAAUAUGUUGACUGGUGUUGUGCAGAAACCAAGUUUGAAGGAUUAUUGGACUCGAGAUCCACUCACAGCCACUCCCUUCUUCAAUGAAGUAAUGAGUCGGAAUAGAUUCGAGCAGAUACUCAGAGGGCUACAUUUUGUGGAUUUAGAAGAACCAACGCUUGACACCAAUGAUCGUUUCCAUAAAAUGGGAACAAUUCUACCGAAUAUUCUGAAGAAUUUUAGGAAACUUGUAAAUCCUGGGGAAUUCCUGACAUUGGAUGAGGAGUUAAUGCCAUACAAAGGUGCUCUCAGCUUCAAGCAGUACAACCCCAAGAAAAGAGGGAGGUUUGGGGUCAAGUCGUUCUUCCUUAUGGAUUGUCAACACCGAUUUGUCCUCGACAUUUUACCAUACCAGGGAAAAUCGACCAGAAUAUCAAAUCCUUCUUGGAUAAAAAUGUAUGGAUUUGGAGGCGCUGCUGUGCUUACCAUGCUCGAGAAGGGAUAUUUAGGAAAAUAUCAUCGCCUAGUCGUGGACAAUUAUUUCCAGUCUCCAGUUUUAGCUAAAACUUUAUUAGAAAAAAAGACGUUUGUCCUUGGUACUGUCAGGAAAGACCGAAAAUUCAUGCCAAAAUUUAUCGACCAUGUCACAUCCCGUCCAUCUCGUCUCAAGAAGGGAGAGGUCGAGACAUUUUCUGACGGGGAUUUGCUUUUAGAAAGGUGGAUGGAUCGACGAGAAGUCUUGAUGUUAAACACAUUUAUUCAUCAUCGCAUGGAAGAUUGCGAGUCUCAAAAUCCCCGUAAUGCCCAGGUCAAGCCAGCAUCAGUCCUUGUUUACAACAAGAGCAUGGGAGCCUUGGAUGACAUGGACAAGAUUAUACGACCUUAUCAAGCCCUCAGAAAAACCCUCAAAUGGUAUCGCAAGUUCGCCUUCCAUCUUUUCGAUAUCUGUGUGUAUAACUCUUGGGUCGUAUAUUGUCACAUGAAUUCUCGAAGAAGCACAGGAUACAAACAGUAUUUGUCAAAUUUAAUCAAAGAAAUCAUGUCCGCAAAUGUCACGAUAAGAAGUACGAAGGGACGUCCAGUAUCUUUACCUCAUCAACCAAGUUUCAACUCUCUUCGGCAUUUCUCAUCAACACUCCGAAACAAUGCAGGAAAGAAAGUUCGUGGAAACUGUCACCUCUGUUGGAAAACUAUGAAUAAGUUGAGGAAAGCAACAUCUUUUAGAUGUGAAGCGUGCGGUGUUUGGCUAUGUAUUGAUGGUGAAAAUUCUUGUCAUAAAAAAUAUCACAUCACUGGAGCUGCAAACUCUCAAAGUUUACAGCGACCACAGUUUGAAAAUCUGAAUAGUCAGAAUGUGGGAUUAAGUCCAUCUUAA